AUGUUGAGCUCCAAGGGCACCAUCGACGAAAUGGAGGUUGACAACAUUUUCAACAACAUCUACCGCGACCCGUCCUUCUUCGCCCUGAUGACGAGCAAGGGGCGCAGCAACGUCGACAGAACAAUGCAGGACCUGGCCCAGGACAUGUCGCCUGAAGGGCAUUUGUACUCGCCCGCGAAGUGGGGCCACCCGCUGUCCGACGAUCAGAAGAAACAGGCCGAGCAGGAGAGGAUCGCGGACGACGGCGACGAGUCGGCUGGGAAGGGCAAGGGCACGCUCGCCCAGGAGCUCGAUUUCUGGAAAGGCGUCGCUGACAAUGCAUUCAAAGUUCCGACGGGCAGCCAGCAAGGCGCCAUUGCAGGGCGCUGGGCUCGCGCCAUGGAGUCCGAUGGUGAGAUGGGGGCGAAGUACAACAGCAUAACAGGUGAGAAAAAGAACCUUCGAAAGCAGCAGUUCAGGGAGGACUGGGCAAAAAAGAAAUACGACCAGGCGAAGGACGGGCCGCGGAGCGGGGAGGGCGCGAAGCACGUGCGUGAGCUCAAGAGGUCCGAGUGGACGCAGGGCAAGUAUUUGCCCCUGGCCCGCAUCGCCCACAAGUUGGGCGGAGGCGCCCUUGGAUGGCGCCAGGCUGUGACGAUGUUCGCCAAGUGCAUGCAGCUCGGGCCGCCGUGGAUCAUGUACGAUCCGAUGACGGAGGCGCUGAGAGGUUUGCACAUCGAGAUCGCAGCGGCCCUAGAUCUGUCUUGCCACAUCUCCGAUCGAUCGCUCAGACAGAGUUUCGCGCACCCCAUCGGAGCUGAGGGCUUCUCGCGCGUCUUCACGGAGGCUUGGCAGAUGCGCGCGGAGUGGUCCAUGAAGGACGAUGAGCAGCCCCCGAAGCGCGAGCUGAAAGCGGAGACCUUCGCGGAGGACAGCGAGGCAAAGCGCAGGCGCAUUUCUGGGAAGCAACAGGGAGCUGGCCAGCAGAGCGGGCAGCCCGCGGACGGCCAGGACGCGGGCACCGAGGCCGCCGCUGCCCCGCAGGAGCUGGGCAAGCGCAAGAAGAGGGGAGGAGCGGGCACCGCUGCCGAGAGCGGCGGUGGUAAGACGGCCGCAGCCGCCGCCGCGGAUGAGGAGAAGGCCAAGAAGAAGGCCGAUAAGGAGAAGCAGAAGGCCGAGCGGGAGAGGCAGAAGGCUGAGAAGGAGAGGCAGAAGGCUGAGGAGGCUGCCAAGAAGGCCCAAGACCCAGUCGAGCGUGAGAAGAUGGCGGUGGCCUCCGCAAAGAAGACCCUGUUUCAGUGCAGCCAGCUCGCGCAGCAGGCCCGCCAGAUCAUCAUGUCGACCGAGGCCGGCGGCCGGUGGGCGAGCUUCAAGGCCGACGAGGACCUGAUCGCCCUGAAGCAGAAGAUGGACGAGCUGUCCGCGAAGGUCAUGGACAACAGCCUGUUCUCCAAGUGCACCAUGACCGAGUUCACCAAGGUCAAGAGCGUCGUCGGCGAGAAGCACUGGGAGGCCGCCUUGUUGGCCGUCAACGGUAUGGGCCAGGCCUUGAACUCCAUCCAGGGGAACCUGAAGGUUCUGAUGGCCUCCUUCGAGCUCAAGCAGCAGCGCGCGGCCAGCGAGAAGGUCGCGCAGGCUGCGGAGGCGUAG